AUGGCCAUCCCUACUUAUACCAUGAGUUGUUUCAAGUUACCAGCUACUCUUUGUAGUGAGUUGGAACUAUUAAUGGCAAAUUUGUUGUGGGGCCAGAAUCAGGAGGAACAGAAAAUUAGAUGGGUAGGAUGGAAGAGAAUGUGUAAGACAAAGGAGUUAGGAGGGCUGGGUUUUAAAGACUUGAAAAUUUUUAACCAAGCUCUUCUUGCAAACCAAGCUUGGAGGAUCAUGACAGAUGAGACUACACUUCUUCAUAAGUUGUAUAAAGCAAGAUAUUUCCCUUCCUCUAAUUUUCAUAACUCAAGGCUGGGAUCUACACCUUCAUAUGUUUGGAGGGGUACAUGGGAAUCAAAAGAUGACAUGCUGAGGGGUUGCAGAUGGAGAGUUGGGGAUGGUAAGUCAAUAAAGGUUUGGACAGAUCAUUGGAUACCUGGAGAUAGAGUGUUGCAACAAUUGACACAAGAAAAUAUUGAUGAGACACUUAUGGUUGAAGACCUUAUAGAUGAGAACACAAGAUGGUGGAAUAUAGAAAAGGUGAGAAGGCUGUUACCACCUGCUGCAGCAGGAUCUGUGUUGAAAAUUUUGAUUAGUAAUGAGGUGAGGCUUGAUUGUUUUAUAUGGGAUAAUGAGAAGGAUGGGGUGUUUAGUGUAAAAAGUGCAUAUGACUACUUUCAGAAGUUGGACAGACAAGAGGGGGAGUGUUCAAAUGCUGAUAAUUAUAGCAAGUUCUGGACAAAGUUAUGGAAGCUGAAACUACCUAAUAAAAUAAAGAUCUUUGCUUGGAGAGCUUGCAAGAAUGGUCUCCCAACCCGUGCCAAUCUUAAGGGGAGGUUUAUUAUUAAUGAAACUUAG